UAUAAGGACUCGGAGGACGCGUCUGCGUCGUACGGUAUUCGGAGUUUCAACCGGCCGUAGCCUUCGGAACUCCGCCCUCUCAGCUCGGACAUACGAUACGCCCAGCCUUAUAUAAAGCGACGGCGGUCCUGCAGCUCUUGUGCUUCAAGCAACAGAGGCUAGACACCUUCAGGUCCAUUCAACUAUACCCAACAAAGCCCGACCGUCUCUCACGGUCCUCAAAAUCCACCAUGGCCGACGCCCAAAUGCCCGACCCUGUCCUACAAUCCGCAUUAGACAUCUGCGAAGCCGCGCAAACCGAAAUCGUGCAAUCGAACAAACGCCUCGCCGACGCAGCAACAAACACAAUCAACUCCGGCGUCCCGCACGAAAUCGCCGUCUCCCCCGCGCACGGCCAAUUCCUCGCGCUCCUCUGCCGCGCCAUCAACGCCAAAAACGUGCUCGAGAUCGGCGUCCUCGGCGGCUUCUCGACCAUUUGGUUCGCGGAAUCUCUGCCUGGCAUUCACGUCACGGGCAUAGAGUAUGAUGCGAAGCACCACAAGGUGGCGACGGAGAACACGAAGGGGUUAGGGAAUGUGGAGUUGUUGCUAGGCGCUGCGCUCGAUGUGCUGCCGCGACUGGCGGAGCAGAACCGCGUGUUUGAUUUUGUGUUUAUCGAUGCUGCGUGGGAGGAGCAGGCGCAGUACUUUGACUGGGCGGUGAAGAUGACGCGCAAGGGGGGCAUCAUUUACGUUGACAAUUCGGUGCGGCAGUUGACGGAGAGUAGCGAGGAGGAGCGCAGGCCUGGCGCGCCGGCGGUGGCGUUGAUUGAGCAUGUCAAGGCUGACAAGCGGGUGACUGCCACGCUGAUUCCGACGCUCAACACGCACAAGAAGGAGCUGUUGGAGGUGGUGGAUGGGUUCUUGUUCGCUGUCGUGCAAUGAAACGAGUCUAUGAUGCUGGCUGUCAAAUGCUAGCUUU